AUGGCGGGCUCCGGCGCGGGCGUGCAGGGCGGCCUGCGGCAGCUGCAGGAAUGCCUGUCCUCCGCCGAGCGCGGCUGCGCUGCCUCGGCCGCUUAUCAACUGAUCCGCGGCCUGGGGCAAGAAUGCGUGCUGAGCACCAGCCCCACGGUGCUGGCAUUACAGACUUCCUUAGUUUUUUCCAGAGAUUUUGGUUUGCUUGUAUUUGUUCGGAAAUCACUCAGCAUUGAUGAAUUUCGUGACUGUAGAGAAGAAAUCCUAAAAUUUUUAUGUAUUUUCUUAGAAAAAAUUGGUCAGCAGAUCGAGCCUUACUCUCUUGAUAUUAAGAAUACUUGUACCAGUGUUUAUACAAAAGAUAGAGCUGCUAAAUGUAAAAUUCCAGCCCUGGAUCUUCUUAUUAAGUUACUUCAGACUUUGAGAAGUUCUAGACUUAUGGAUGACUUUAAAAUUGGAGAAUUAUUUACUAAAUUUUAUGGAGAACUUGCAGUGAAAACCAAAAUACCAGAUACAGUCUUAGAAAAAGUAUAUGAGCUCGUAGGAGUAUUAGGAGAAGUUCAUCCCAGUGAGAUGAUAAAUAAUUCAGAAAACCUGUUCCGGGCUUUUUUGGGUGAACUUAAGACCCAGAUGACGUCAGCAGUAAGAGAGCCCAAGCUACCUGUUGUGGCAGGAUGUCUGAAGGGGUUGUCUUCACUUCUGUGCAACUUCACUAAGUCCAUGGAAGAAGAUCCCCAGACUUCAAGAGAGAUUUUUGAUUUUGCACUAAAGGCAAUUAGUCCUCAGAUCGAUCUGAAGAGGUAUGCUGUACCCUCAGCUGGCUUGCGCUUAUUCGCCCUGCAUGCAUCUCAGUUUAGCAUCUGCCUUCUGGACAACUACGUCUCUUUAUUUGAAGUGUUGUCAAAAUGGUGUGGCCAUACAAAUGUAGAAUUGAAAAAAGCUGCACAUUCAGCCCUGGAAUCCUUUCUGAAACAGGUUUCUUUUAUGGUGGCAAAAAAUGCCGAAAUGCAUAAGAAUAAGCUGCAGUAUUUUAUGGAGCAGUUCUAUGGAAUCAUCAGAAAUGCAGAUUCAAACAACAAGGAGUUAUCCAUUGCUAUUCGUGGAUAUGGACUUUUCGCGGGACCUUGCAAGGUUGUAAAUGCAAAAGAUGUUGACUUCAUGUACGUUGAGCUUAUUCAGCGCUGCAAGCAGAUGUUCCUCACCCAGACAGACACUGUCGAUGACCAUGUUUAUCAGAUGCCAAGUUUCCUCCAGUCUAUUGCAAGUGUCUUACUUUACCUUGACACAGUUCCUGAGGUGUACACUCCAGUUCUGGAGCAUCUCAUGGUGGUACAGAUAGACAGUUUCCCACAGUAUAGUCCAAAAAUGCAGCUGGUGUGUUGCAGAGCCAUAAUAAAAGUUUUCCUAGCCUUAGCAGAAAAAGGACCAGUUCUCUGGAAUUGCAUUAGUACCGUAGUGCAUCAGAGUUUAAUCAGAAUAUGUUCUAAACCAGUGAUCCUUCAAAAGGGCCCUGAGUCGGAAUCUGAAGACCCUCGUGCCGUGGGGGAAGUCAGAACUGGCAAAUGGAAAGUGCCCAUGUACAAAGAUUAUGUGGAUCUUUUUAGAAAUCUCCUGAGCUGUGACCAGAUGAUGGAUUCUAUCAUAGCAGAUGAAGCAUUUUUCUUUGUGAAUUCCUCCCUUCAAAGUCUGAACCGUUUACUGUAUAAUGAAUUCAUAAAAUCUGUUUUGAAGAUUGUCGAGAAAUUGGAUCUUACACUAGAAACACAGAUGGUUGGGGAACAAGAGGAUGGAGAUGAAGCUGCUGGUGUUUUAGUGAUCCCAACUUCAGAUCCAGCUGCAAACUUGCGUCCUGCUAGACCUAAAGAUUUUUCAGCUUUCAUAAACCUGGUGGAAUUUUGCAGAGAGAUUCUGCCUGAGAAACAAGUAGGAUUUUUUGAACCAUGGGUAUACUCAUUUGCAUAUGAAUUAGUUCUGCAGUCUGUACGGUUGCCUCUCAUCAGUGGUUUCUACAAAUUGCUCUCUAUCGCAGUGAGAAAUGCCAAGAAAAUAAAAUAUUUUGAGGGAGUUAGUCCAAAGAGUUUGAAACAGUCUCCUAAGGACCCAGAAAAGUAUGCUUGCUUUGCUUUAUUUGCAAAAUUUGGUAAAGAGGUAGCAGUUAAAAUGAAGCAAUACAAAGAUGAACUUUUGGCUUCCUGUGUGACCUUUGUUCUGUCCCUGCCACAUGACAUCGUUGAACUUGAUGUCAGAGCCUAUGUUCCUGCAUUGCAGAUGGCCUUCAAACUGGGCCUAAGCUAUGCCCCGUUGGCGGAAGUAGGCCUGAACGCUCUGGAAGAAUGGACAGUUUAUAUCCACAAACGUGUAAUUCAGCCUUAUUAUAAAGACAUUCUCCCCUGUCUUGAUGGAUAUCUGAAGACUUCAGCCUUUUCAGAUGAAACCAAGAAUAACUGGGAAGUGUCAGCACUUUCUCGGGCUGCCCAGAAGGGAUUCAGUAAAGUUGUGUUAAAGCAUCUGAAAAGGACAAAGAACAUCUCAUCAAAUGAAGCACUAUCCUUAGAAGAAAUAAGAAUUAGAGUAGUACAAAUGCUUGGAUCUCUAGGAGGACAAAUAAACAAAAAUCUCAUGGCAGCUGCAUCCUCAGAUGAAAUGAUGAAGAAAUGUGUGGCCUGGGACAGAGAGAAGAGGCUCAGCUUUGCAGUGCCCUUCAGAGAGAUGAAGCCUGUCAUUUAUCUGGAUGUGUUCUUGCCUCGGGUCACAGAGUUAGCGCUCUCAGCCAGUGACAGACAGACUAAAGUUGCAGCUUGUGAACUGUUACAUAGCUUGGUUAUGUUUAUGUUGGGCAAAGCCACUCAAAUGCCUGAAGGGGGUCAGGGAACCCCUCCCAUGUACCAGCUCUACAAGCGGACUUUUCCUGUGCUGCUUCGACUUGCCUGUGAUGUAGAUCAGGUGACAAGGCAACUGUAUGAGCCACUAGUCAUGCAGCUGAUUCACUGGUUCACUAACAAUAAGAAAUUUGAAAGUCAGGAUACUGUCGCCUUACUAGAAACUAUAUUGGAUGGAAUCGUAGACCCUGUUGACAGUACUUUAAGAGAUUUUUGUGGUCAGUGUAUUCGAGAAUUCCUCAAAUGGUCCAUUAAACAAACGACACCACAGCAGCAGGAGAAGAGUCCAGUAAACACCAGAUCACUGUUCAAGCGACUGUACAGCCUUGCGCUGCACCCCAGCGCCUCCAAGAGGCUGGGAGCAUCACUUGCUUUCAAUAACAUCUAUAGGGAGUUCAGGGAAGAAGAGUCUCUGGUGGAACAGUUUGUGUUUGAAGCCUUGGUGAUCUAUCUGGAAAGUCUGGCCUUGGCACAUAUGGACGAGAAGUCAUUAGGUACAGUUCAACAGUGCUGUGAUGCCAUUGAUCACCUAAGCCGCAUCAUUGAAAAGAAGCACGUUUCUUUAAACAAAGCAAAAAAGCGACGUUUGCCACGAGGAUUCCCUCCUUCAGCUUCCUUGUGCUUACUGGAUCUGGUCAAGUGGCUCUUAGCCCGUUGUGGGAGGCCCCAGACAGAAUGUCGACACAAAUCUAUGGAACUCUUUUAUAAAUUUGUUCCAUUAUUGCCAGGCAACAAAUCACCUUCUUUAUGGCUGAAAGACAUUACCAAGGAAGAAGAUGUGUCUUUCCUCAUAAACAUGUUUGAGGGGGGCGGCAGCUAUGGCCGGCCUGGGGGCAUCCAGGCCCAGCCCACCCUCUCCCACCUGCCGGGGCCGUUCAGCCUGCGAGCAGCGCUGCACUGGCUGGACCUGCUGCUGGCCGCCCUGGAGUGCUACAACACGUUCAUCCAGGAGAGGACUGUGGAGGCGAUCGAGGUCCUGGGUACUGGAACACAGUCUUCACUUUUGAAGGCGGUGGCUUUCUUUUUAGAAAGCAUUGCUCUGCACGACAUUACGGCAGCAGAAAGGUGCUUUGGCACGGGGGCAGCAGGUCACAGCCCCAGCCCACAGGAGAGAGAAAGGUACAACUACAGCAAAUGCACCGUUGCCGUCCGGAUUAUGGAAUUUACCACAACCCUGCUCAGCACCUCCCUGGAAGGAUGGAAGCUGCUGGAAAGGGAUUUGUGUAACACAGACCUUAUGAAACUCUUGGUGAAGACGCUGUAUGAGCCUGUGAGCGUAGGUUUCAAUGUUGGUGAUGUCCAGGUUAUGGAUCAUCUCCCCAGUGUUUGUGUGAACCUGAUGAAAGCACUAAAGAAGCCCCCACACAGGGACAUUCUGGAGGCCCACUUGAGGGAAACAGUAACGGCGCAGAGCAUUGAGAAGCUUUGUGCCGUUGACUUGUACGGCCCUGACACGCACCUGGACAGGACCAGGCUGGCUUCUGUUGUGUCCGCCUGUAAACAGCUUCACAGUGCUGGUCUGCUGCAUAUUGUAUUACCAUCUCAGCCUACAGAUCUGCAUCAUUCUGUUGGCACAGAACUUCUUUCCCUGGUUUAUAAAGGCAUUGCCCCUGGAGAUGAGAGACAGUGUCUGCCUUUGCUAGACCCCAGUUGUAAGCGACUGGCCCGUGAACUUCUGGAGCUGGCCUUUGCUUUUGGAGUACUGUGUGAGCACCUUGUGAGUCUUCUUCUGAACUCAGCUGUGUUGUCCACGCCGUCCUCAGGCAGCUCGCAGAGAGGCAUCGUCAGCUUCUCCCAUGGGGAAUAUUUCUAUAGCUUGUUCUCUGAAACAAUCAACACUGAACUGCUGAAAAAUCUAGAUCUUGCUGUAUUAGAGCUCGUGAAAUCAUCAGUGGAUAAUCCGAAAAUGGUGAGUGCCAUUUUGAAUGGUAUGUUAGAUCAGAGCUUCAGGGAUCGAGCAAGUCAGAGACACCAAGGACUGAAACUUGUGACUACAAUUCUGCGAAACUGGAGGAAGUUGGAUCUGUGGUGGGCCACAGAUUCUGCUCCUGAAAGUAAAAUGGCAGUGCUGGCCUUACUGGCAAAGAUUUUACAGAUUGAUUCAUCCGUAUCUUUUAGUACAAAUCACAGCUCAUUCCCUGAAGUCUUUACAACAUAUACUAGUCUGCUGGCUGAUAUAAAGUUGGGUCUACAUUUAAAGGGCCAGGCUGUCCUCCUCCUCCCGUUCUUCACCAGUCCCUUGGGGGGCCACCUGGAGGACCUGAGGCGUGUCCUCGAAGAGCUCAUCGUUUCCAGCCUCCCUAUGAAGUCUGGUGAAUUUCCCCCAGGGACUCUGCAGUACAAUAAUUAUGUAGACUGCAUGAAAAAGUUUCUAGAUGCAUUGGAGUUAUCUCAAAGUCCUAUGUUGUUGCAGUUGAUGACAGAAAUUCUUUGUCGGGAACAGCAACAUGUUAUGGAAGAAUUAUUUCAAUCUACUUUCAAGAGGAUUGUCAGAAGGGGUUCAUGUGUCACACAAUUAGGCCUUCUGGAAAGCAUACAUAGAAUGUUCAGGAGGGAGGACCUGCUUUUAAGUGUCACUCGCCAAGCGUUUGUAGAUCGUGUUCUCCUCACUCUGCUGUGGCACUGUAGCCUGGAUGCCUUGAGAGAAUUCUUCAGCAGAAUUGUGGUGGAUGCCAUUGAUGUGUUGAAGUCCAGGUUUACAAAGCUAAAUGAAUCUACCUUUGAUACUCAAAUCACCAAGAAGAUGGGCUACUAUAAAAUGCUAGAUGUAAUGUAUUCUCGUCUUCCAAAAGAUGAUGUUCACUCUAAGGAAUCUAAAAUUAAUCAAGUUUUCCAUGGAUCGUGUAUUACAGAAGGAAAUGAACUUACAAAGACACUGAUUAAGUUGUGCCAUGAUGCAUUUACCGAGAACAUGGCUGGGGAGAGUCAGCUGCUGGGGAGGAGGAGACUUUAUCACUGUGCCGCGUACAACUGUGCCAUCUCUGUCAUCUGCUGUGUUUUCAGUGAGCUGAAAUUUUACCAAGGUUUUCUCUUCAGUGAAAAACCAGAAAAGAACUUGCUUAUUUUUGAAAAUCUGAUAGACCUGAAGCGCUGCUAUACAUUUCCUAUAGAAGUUGAGGUUCCUAUGGAAAGAAAAAAAAAGUACAUUGAAAUUAGGAAAGAAGCCAGAGAAGCAGCAAAUGGGGAUUCAGAUGUUCCUCAUUAUAUGUCUUCCUUGUCAUAUCUGGCAGACAGUAGCCUGAGUGAGGAAAUGAGUCAGUUUGAUUUCUCAACUGGAGUUCAGAGUUAUUCUUACAGCUCCCAAGACCCUAAUUUUACCACCAGUCAUUUUCAGAGACGGGAGCAUCAGGCUCCCGUGGCCCAGGGUGGUGUCCUGGAGCUGGAGAUGGACGAGCUCAACCAGCACGAAUGUAUGGCCCCGAUGGUAGCCCUGAUCCAGCACAUGCACAGGAGCCUGAGCCCCACUGCGGGAGAGGAGGGUUCAGUGCCAAGAGAUCUUUCUCCUUGGAUGAAAUUUCUCCAUGGCAAACUUGGAAAUUCAUCAGUACCAUUAAAUAUUCGUCUCUUCUUAGCCAAGCUUAUUGUUAAUACAGAAGAGGUCUUUCGCCCUUAUGCAAAGCACUGGCUUAGCCCCUUGCUGCAGCUGGCUGUUUCUGAAAACAGCGGAGGAGGAGGAAUUCACUACAUGCUGGUGGAGAUCGUGGUUACUGUUCUUUCGUGGACAGGCGUGGCUACUCCUGCAGGGGUCGCUAAAGAUGAAGUAUUAGCAAAUCGAUUGCUUCAUUUCCUAAUGAAACAUGUCUUUCAUCCAAAAAGAGCUGUGUUUAGACACAACCUCGAAAUUAUAAAAACCCUUGUUGAAUGCUGGAAGGAUUGCUUGUCCAUCCCUUACAGGUUAAUAUUUGAAAAGUUUUCCAGUAAAGAUCCUAAUUCUAAAGACAAUUCAGUAGGGAUUCAGUUAUUAGGCAUCGUGAUGGCCAAUAACUUGCCUCCCUAUGACCCGAAGUGUGGUGUAGAAAGUUUCCAAUACUUUCAAGCUUUGGUCAAUAAUAUGUCCUUUGUAAAAUAUAAAGAGGUAUAUGCGGCAGCAGCAGAAGUUCUGGGACUUGUUCUUCAGUAUGUUAUGGAGAGAAAAAAUAUACUGGGGGAAUCCGUGUGUGACAUGGUUGUAAAACAGUUGAAGCAACAUCAGAAUGCUAUGGAGGACAAAUUUAUUGUGUGCUUGAACAAAGUGACCAAGAGCUUCCCUCCUCUUGCUGACAGGUUCAUGAAUGCUGUGUUCUUCCUGCUGCCGAAGUUUCAUGGAGUGAUGAAGACACUCUGUCUGGAGGUGGUGCUUUGUCGUGCUGAGGAAAUGACAGACCUGUACUUCCAGUUAAAGAGCAAGGACUUUGUUCAAAUCAUGAGACACAGAGAUGAUGAAAGACAAAAAGUGUGUUUGGACAUAAUUUAUAAGAUGAUGGCAAAAUUAAAACCAGUAGAACUCCGAGAACUACUGGGCCCUGUUGUGGAAUUUGUUUCCCACCCUUCUACAACAUGUAGGGAGCAGAUGUAUAAUAUUCUCAUGUGGACACAUGACAAUUACAGAGAUCCAGAAAGUCAAACAGAUGAUGACUCCCAGGAAAUAUUUAAGUUGGCAAAGGAGGUGCUGAUUCAAGGAUUGGUGGACGAGAACCCUGGGCUUCAAUUAAUUAUUCGAAAUUUCUGGAGCCAUGAAACUAGGUUACCUUCCAAUGCCUUGGACCGACUGUUGGCACUAAAUUCUUUAUAUUCUCCUAAGAUAGAAGUGCACUUCUUAAGUCUGGCAACAAAUUUUCUGCUUGAAAUGACCAGCAUGAGCCCAGACUAUCCAAACCCCAUGUUUGAGCAUCCUCUGUCGGAAUGUGAAUUUCAGGAAUAUACCAUUGAUUCUGACUGGCGUUUCCGAAGUACUGUUCUCACUCCGAUGUUUGUUGAGACCCAGGCCUCCCAGAGCACUCUCCAGACCCGAACCCAGGAGGGGUCCCUUUCGGCACGCCAGCCAAUGGCCGGGCAGAUAAGGGCCACCCAACAGCAGUGUGAUUUCACGCUGACACAGACUGCAGAUGGACGAAGCUCAUUUAACUGGCUGACAGGGAGCAGCAUUGACCCGCUAGUGGAUUACACGGUCUCCUCGUCUGAUUCCUUGUCUUCCUCCCUGCUGUUUGCCCAUAAGAGGAGUGAGAAGUCACAGCGAGCACCCUUGAAGUCAGUGGGACCUGAUUUUGGGAAAAAAAGACUGGGCCUUCCAGGGGACGAGGUGGAUAACAAAGUGAAAGGCACAGACAGUCGGGCAGAAAUACUAAGGUUACGCAGACGAUUUUUAAAGGACCAAGAAAAACUCAGUUUGAUUUAUGCCAGAAAAGGUCUUGCUGAACAAAAACGAGAGAAGGAGAUGAAGAGUGAGUUAAAAAUGAAGCAGGACGCCCAGGUCAUCCUGUACAGAAGCUACCGGCAUGGAGACCUUCCUGACAUUCAGAUCAAGCACAGCAGCCUCGUCGCCCCCUUGCAGGCUGUGGCCCAGAGAGACCCAUUAAUUGCAAAACAGCUCUUUAGCGGCUUGUUCUCUGGAAUUUUGAAAGAGAUGGACAGAUUUAAGACAGCAUCUGAAAAAAACAGUAUCACUCAAAAGUUGCUCCAAGACUUCAAUCAUUUUCUUAAUACCACUUUCUCUUUCUUUCCACCUUUUGUCUCUUGUAUCCAGGAGAUCAGUUGCCAGCACGCAGCCUUGCUGAGCCUCGAGCCGGCCGUAGCCAGUGCCGGUUGCCUGGCCAGUCUGCAGCAGCCCGUGGGCAUCCGCCUUCUGGAGGAGGCUCUGCUGCACCUGCUACCUGCAGAGCCGCCCGCCAAGCGUGUCCGAGGGAAGAGCCACCACCCUCCUGAUGUCGUCAGAUGGAUGGAGCUGGCUAAGCUAUAUAGAUCAAUUGGAGAAUAUGAUGUCCUCCGUGGUAUUUUUAGCAGUGAGAUAGGAACAAAGCAAAUCACUCAGAGUGCGCUUUUAGCAGAAGCCAGAAGUGAUUAUUCUGAAGCUGCUAAGCAGUAUAAUGAGGCUCUCAAUAAACAAGAGUGGGUAGAUGGUGAGCCCACGGAAGCCGAGAAGGAUUUUUGGGAACUUGCAUCCCUUGACUGUUAUAACCACCUUGCCGAGUGGAAAUCACUUGAAUACUGUUCUACAGCAAAUGUAGACAGCGAAAACCCUCUGGAUCUAAAUAAAAUGUGGAGUGAACCGUUUUAUCAGGAGACAUACCUACCUUACAUGGUCCGCAGCAAGCUGAAGUUGCUGCUUCGGGGAGAGGGGGACCAGUCCCUGCUGACGUUUGUGGACGAAGCCAUGCGCUCAGAGCUCCGGAAGGCCCUUGUUGAGCUGCAGUACAGCCAGGAGCUGAGUCUGCUCUACGUCCUGCAGGACGACAUGGGCAGAGCCAAAUAUUACAUCGAGCAAGGCAUUCAGGCUUUUAUGCAGAAUUAUUCUAGUAUUGAUGCCCUCUUGCACAGAAGUAGACUCACCAAAUUGCAGUCUAUACAAGCUUUAACAGAAAUUCAGGAGUUCAUCAGCUUUAUAAGCAAACAAGGCAAUUUAUCAUCUCAAGUUCCCCUUAAGAGACUUCUAAAAACCUGGACAAACAGAUACCCGGAUGCUAAAAUGGACCCAAUGAACAUCUGGGAUGACAUCAUCACAAAUCGAUGUUUCUUUCUUAGCAAAAUAGAGGAGAAGCUGCCUGCUCUUCCAGACGAUCCCAGCAUGAACGUGGAUGGAGACGGAGACGCCAGGGACGGGAGGGACGCACCCGAGCAGGAAGAAAGUGUCAGCUCCCUGAUCAGAAGCUGCAAGUUCUCCAUGAAGAUGGAGAUGGUAGAAAGUGCGAGGAAGCAGAACAAUUUCUCACUUGCCAUGAAACUGUUGAAGGAAUUGUACAAAGAGUCGAAAACGCGAGAGGAGUGGCUGGUAAGGUGGGUGCAGAGUUACUGCCGCCUGAGCCAGGGCCGGAGCCGGGCCCAGCACCGCCGCGAGCAGAUCCUCACCAUGCUGAAGACAGUCUCUUUGUUGGAUGAGAACAACACCUUAAGCUACUUAAGCAAAAACAUUCUGGCUUUCCGUGAUCAGAACAUUCUCUUGGGCACAGCUUGCAGGAUCAUAGCUGAUGCUCUCAGCAGUGAGCCAGCCUGCCUCACUGGAAUCGAGGACAGCAAGGCUAGAAGAAUUCUGGAGCUCUCUGGAUCCAGUUCACAGGAUGCAGAGAAGGUGAUUGCGGGUCUGUACCAGAGAGCGUUCCAUCACCUCUCCAAGGCUGUGCAGACGGCUGAGGAGGCCCAGCCUUCCUCCUGGGGCCCUGGGCCUGCAGCCGGGGUGGUCGAUGCCUACAUGACACUGGUGGAUUUCUGUGACCAACAGCUCCGCAAGGAGGAAGAGAAUCCGUCAGUUACUGGCUCUGUAGAAGCACGGGCAUAUCCAGCACUUGUGGUGGAGAAAAUGUUGAAAGCUUUAAAAUUAAAUUCCAAUGAAGCCAGGAUGAAGUUUCCUAGAUUACUUCAGAUUAUAGAACAGUAUCCAGAAGAGACCUUGAGCCUAAUGACAAAAGAGAUUGCUUCCGUUCCUUGCUGGCAGUUCAUUGGCUGGAUCAGCCACAUGGUGGCCCUACUGGACAAAGAGGAGGCCGUGGCCGUCCAGCACACCGUGGAAGAGAUUGCUGACAACUACCCACAGGCGAUUGUGUACCCGUUUAUAAUAAGCAGUGAAAGCUAUUCCUUCAGAGAUACUUCUGCUGGUCAUAAGAAUAAGGAGUUUGUGGCAAGGAUUAAAAGUAAAUUGGAUCAAGGAGGAGUGAUUCAAGAUUUUAUUAAUGCCCUAGAACAGCUCUCUAAUCCUGAACUGCUCUUUAAGGACUGGACUGAUGAUAUGAAGGCUGAACUAGCACAAACCCCUGUAAAUAAAAAAAACAUUGAGAAAAUGUAUGAAAGAAUGUUUGCAGCCUUGGGCGACCUGAGGGCUCCAGGCCUAGGGGCCUUCAGAAGGAAGUUUAUUCAGGCCUUCGGAAAAGAAUUUGAUCAACGCUUUGGGAAAGGAGGUUCUAAGCUACCAAAAAUGAAGCUCAGUGACUUCAAUGACAUUACUAACUCGCUGCUUUGUAAAAUGAACAAAGACUCAAAGCCGCCUGGGAACCUGAGGGAAUGCUCGCCUUGGAUGAGCAACUUCCAAGUGGACUUCCUGAGAGAGGAGCUGGAGAUUCCUGGUCAGUAUGAUGGCAGAGGCAAGCCGUUGCCCGAGUACCACGCUCGCAUCGCUGGGUUUGACGAGAGGGUAAAGGUAAUGGCCUCCAUCAGAAAACCAAAGCGCAUUGUCAUCCGAGGCCACGAUGAGAGGGAGCACCCCUUCCUGGUGAAGGGCGGUGAGGACCUGCGGCAGGACCAGCGCCUGGAGCAGCUCUUCCAGGUCAUGAAUGUCAUCCUGUCCCGAGAUGCCGCCUGCAGUCAGAGAGACAUGCAGUUAAGGACGUACCGCGUUGUGCCCAUGACCUCCAGGUUAGGAUUAAUUGAAUGGAUUGAAAAUACUAUUACCUUGAAGGAUCUCCUUUUGAAUAGCAUGUCACAGGAGGAGAAAGCAGCUUAUGUGAGUCAUCCCAAAGGACCACUGUAUGAAUAUAAAGACUGGCUAACAAAAAUGUCAGAAGGAUGCGGUAUUAGAGCUUACAUGGAAAUGUAUAAGAGAGCCAAUCGUACUGAAACAGUCACAUCUUUUAGAAAAAGAGAAAGUAAGGUGCCAGCUGAUCUCUUAAAGCGGGCCUUUGUGAGGAUGAGCGCGGGCCCCGAAGCCUUCCUGGCACUCCGCUCCCACUUCGCUAGUUCGCACGCUCUGAUGUGUGUCAGCCACUGGAUCCUGGGGAUUGGAGACAGACACCUGAACAACUUCAUGGUGUCCCUGGAGACUGGCGGCAUGAUUGGAAUCGACUUUGGACAUGCAUUCGGAUCGGCUACCCAGCUGCCGGUCCCUGAGUUGAUGCCUUUUCGUCUAACUCGCCAGUUUAUCAAUCUGAUGUUACCCAUGACGGAAACGGGUCUUCUGUACAGUGUCAUGGUGCAUGCGCUGAGAGCCUUUCGCUCGGACCCCGACCUGCUCGCCAACACCAUGGAUGUGUUUGUGAAGGAGCCCUCCUUUGACUGGAAAAAUUUAGAACAAAAGAUGCUGAAAAAAGGAGGAUCAUGGAUUCGAGAAAUAAAUGUAACUGAAAAAAAUUGGUAUCCCCGACAGAAAAUAUGUUAUGCUAAGAGAAAGUUAGCAGGUGCCAAUCCAGCCAUUAUUACUUGUGAGGAGUUACUUCUGGGCCACGAGAAGGCACCUGCCUUCAGGGAUUAUAUAGCUGUGGCACGAGGAAGCAAAGAUCACAAUGUUCGUGCUCGAGAACCAAAGAGUGGACUUUCGGAGGAGACUCAAGUGAGGUGCCUGAUUGACCAGGCAACAGACCCCAACAUCCUUGGCAGGACUUGGGAGGGAUGGGAGCCCUGGAUGUGAGGUCUGUGGGGUCAGCAGAUACUAAACUGUUUAAAGAAGCUCCCUAAACUUAUGGACAGCAAUCAGUGAGCUGAUUUUUCCUGAAGCACUAAAGAGAAGAAAUCUAUUUAGUGAUACAGUUUUGUAGCAUGAGUUUCAAUGAAGAUCAUGAUGAAUAUGGGUUGAAUCAAAGAUUAGGUUAGGGUUAUAGAAAAUCAUAUAUUCAGGUUCAUCCAAGUUCUAUAUCAAAAAUGUAGCAUAUGAUGAACUUUCAAAGCGUUUACAAGUGCUGUAAGAUAAACCAGCUGUCUCAAUAAAUGGUGUAAGUAUGGGCAAUCUUUGGAACAUCCUCACUGGUGACGGCACAUUGGAAAUAACUCCGGAGGACGUCAUCGCCAAGGUUUUGCGAGAGUAAAGCCAGCAGUGUAGUUGGCAUGAUGUCACGUUAUGUUAUAUAAGUAGUAUAGGAAUCAUAAGAACAACAGGUAAAGCUAUAAUUAUGGCUUAUUAUGUUUAGAAAUGACUACAUUUGCUAUUUCAGGAUAUUUUUCUAGGUUUUUUUCCUUUCACUUUAUUCUCUUCUGGUUUUGACAUUUUGUGAUAAAUUUGCCCUGUAGAAGAGAAAGUCUUUAUUUUGGGGGUAAAAGCCGUGGUGUUUAGCGUUCACUUUUGCUACUCUGAUCCACAGCUGGAAGAUAAAAGUGCUUUGCAUCCCAGAUGCAGGGUAACUCCAGAAACCCCAGGUAUGGCAGGGAUAGCACUAAGCAUUUCAGUCCUAGGAACACAAAGGAAGUCUCUGUUGGACAACGAGUUCCUCAUUUGAAGGAAAACGUGCAUUCUGGAACAGCAAGACCAAAUUGUGGAAUACAGAAAUGGCUUCUUCCCACAGAUCUCUGCCCUCCUCCCGUCCUCCACACAUAGGGACUGCCUUCAGGUUGCCUUUUAGCUUUUUGU